CCCUUUUCUCCUCUCUCCAUCUCCCCUCCCCUCACUUAUCGACCCACUGCAUGGAGAGAUUGUAAUCCAAGUGGAUUAUGCUGUAAAUUGGGUGAUGGAGGAUUGGAUGCUCUGCAAGUGAAUCUCAGCUGCAGAAUCUCUUGCUUGCUGUUGGUCCGAUUUAUACAUGAUAGCCAAGACUUUUCACCAUGGGAUUUCGGAGGACACUUUUUAGAUGUCAUUCUUUGAGGAUGAGAUGAUGAAGUUCAACUUAAAACAUUGAUAUCAUGAUUUCGACCAGUAGGAAGAACAAGCUAACGAUGACAUUAAGUGGAUUAUUUGGAUUAUCUGUAUCAUCCUGAAUAUGAGAAGUGUUUGUUACUUCAGGCAGCUCACUAGGACUUUGAGAAGUUUCUGGAAUAUCUGAGGAUGACAGGAAUCAACUUCUGGAUUGAUGAGGAGUUCAGAAGGGUCCUAAGAGACGUUUAAGACCAUCUAGGUCAAUAUGAAUGGAAGCCAUUGGAUUGAAAAUUGGUGUUUAUUUAAGACACUGGAGUAGUGGAUUCUUAGACUUCUUCUCAUGACUUCAUUAUACUUUUGUGGCCUUUAAGGAUCCAGUAGGUGCCAGCAUCAUGUGUCACAUCAGAAGGUCUUCCUGGGUCACAUUUCUGAUGCUCUUCACAGGCUGGAUGUGCAUGUUUACUCAUGCCCAAAUGAAGAUUCCACCUGAAACGGUUCAGAAAUGGGCCCUCACCAUUUCAGAGCAAAUCAAUGCAAUUGCAUCAAAGUAUUCAGGAGCUGCUCUCUUUCAAAAGAAACUUAAAGAUGUUGAGCCUAUUAUCAGAAUAGAGGACUUGGAUGGAUCCGAAUUAGUGCUAGAAUUUGCAGAAGAAAUCGAAAGAAUGCUCGGCAGCAAGAUGAGGUCAGCAAAGAGGCUUGCAGACACAGCUGAGGAUGCUGACCUGUAUCAUGAAUUUAAUUCAUCUUUACAGUUUGACUACUUUAAUGCACUCCUGGUGAACACUAUGGAUGAAGAGGGAAAUUUCAUUGAACUUGGAGGCGAAUUUCCUUUGGAGGAAAAUAACCAUUUCAGCAAACUUGCAGUGAACACUUUAAUGAGCGACAUCCAAGUUCCAACUAAUGUCUACAACAAAGAUCCAGAUAUUCUCAAUGGAGUGUACAUGUCAGAGGCCUUGAACGACAUCUUCAUCAAUAACUUCCAGAAAGAUCCCACGCUCACCUGGCAGUAUUUCUGCAGCCAAACGGGUUUCUUCAGACUUUAUCCAGGUUUAAUCACUUCUGCUUAGUAUUGCUUAGCAACU